AUGGCCGCCCCCUACGAUGAUCCGUGGGCUGAUUGGCGGCGGCAGAGCAGCGAAGCAGCCCUCUCCCGGGAUGCAGAGAUGAGCGAGACGGCGGCCACCGGUGGGAUGUCGUCCCGACCGACAGCAGAGACCUACCCGGACGAUCCUUCUGACCGCCGGGCCGACGGUGAAGUGAGUGGUGAUUUCGUGGCAGGCCAAUCAGGAGAUUGGCGGGGACGCACCUCUCCCGGGGACACCGCGACCGGCCCGAACACAGACAGCGGUGACCAAAGAGCAGAAGAAGGAGACCGUGCCUCCGACGGGCACCACUCCACUGGUUCUGGUGGCUGGUGGCCUGAGAGUGAUAGAUGGUGGCGCCGAGGUGCUACUGGGGAGUCCUACAGCACUACCACCAGCCAAGCGCGGCGGCAAUGGACGAGUGAAGAAUGGCGGCAGUGGAACGACUGGUGGCAGCGGAACAGCGGCGCGGACGACGCGGCGCGGCCCUCGGUGACUUCGACAUCCCCUCCGAGCACUACUACCCGAACCGGAACUACCUCGACGGCCCGAACCACUUCCACACCGAUAAGCCCUGGGCAUAACGGCGCUGGAGCAGGCAAGGGGCCCUCUGAGAAACUGCUGAUUCCCACUUUCAGCGGGGAGGCCGGCGACAUGGCAGAGAUCGGGUCUUCGGCUCGUAGCUACCUUCGGCAGGUCGAUGCAUGGCAGCGGAUGACGAAGCUCUCGACCGACCAACAGGCCCUUGUUCUCUACCAACACCUGCAAGGGUCUGCUUGGGUGAACGCGGAGUCCCUGGACGUUGGCUGCCUGGCUACGUCUGCUGGCGUAGAGCACCUGAAGGACUGGGUGCGCCAACACUAUCUGGACGUGGAGGUCACGCUGGUGGGAAGGUCGCUGAGUGACCUGUUCAGAAAGUUGAAGCGGAAGCCCCAACAGACCUUCCGGGACUACGCGGCCGAGUUCAACCGUCUCCUUGCGAGGGUCACCGAGUGUGGGUGCCGACUACCAGAUGUGGCCAACGCGUGGCUCUUCGUGGACAGGGCCAACCUCGAUGAGCAGACGGAGGUCAGCCUGCUGGCGAGCGUUGGGAAUCGGUACGAGCUGAAGGCCCUCCAGCAGGCGGCGAUCAUCUUGGAUCGUUCCAUGCGGAAGCCUUGGGAAAAGCCCCGCCAUUUCGAAAACCGAGAUCCGAGACGUGCCCAGACGGUGCACCAGACCGAGGAGUACGGCAGGGACGACGAAGGCCACAGCUCAGAGGACGAGCCACCCUCCAUCGACGACCCCGACAUCGACGGCGAGGCCCUGUACGUGAGCUACAUGACAGCAAAGGCACGGUAUAAGGAGGUGACGAAGUCCAGGGGCGUGGUGACCACUGGUGACCCAACCGCAGCCAAGAAGGCCGCAGAGGAGAAGAUCCGUUUGGCGAAAUCGCGGUCACACUGCUCGGCGUGCGGACAAAAGGGCCACUGGCACAGAGAUUCGGUAUGCCCGAAACACAAAGACAAGGCCGGGGCCCAGACCAUCCACGUCACGAAUGACAUCAUGGAACUCAUCCACGGGAACAACCUGGACCUCCUCGCCAUCCUUGAUUCGGCCUGUUCGAAGUCAGUGGUUGGGACGACAUGGCUUCAGCGCUACCUCGACCACAUCAAGGGCAAGGGACGGGACGUUGAUUUCGUCUACGAGAAAGAAGCCUUCAAGUUCGGGGCGGCCAGCCGGGUCUACGAGUCCACCUAUGCGGCGGUGAUCCUGGUCCCGAUACAAGGGAGGUGGGUCGGCAUUAAGGCGGCGGUGAUCCACGGCGAGCUUCCCCUUCUCCUUUCGAAACCCGCACUUUCUCGAUUGGGAUUGGUGCUGGACCUCGGCAGCAACACCGCCAACUUCAAGGCGAUCGACAGUGGGGAGAUCGAGCUAGCGGCUACCGCUAGCGGCCACCCUGCAAUUCGUGUUGGCCACGGGAACGGCCGUGAGCCGGAUGUGAAGAUGCUUCCCCGACAGUGGGAAGGGCACGGAGUGUCGAUCCUUGCGCCUCGUGAAGUAUACAUGGUCGCACCGGGAAGUUGCCCAACUAGCCCUUGCUCCCCGCCCGUGCUGUUCUAUGGCAAGAAGCUAGGCCCCUUCAUAAAGGACAUGCUUGUUGCGGAUUCCCUCAACACCGAUGCCUUUUACGAUUGGUGGAGUAGUACAAAGCUUUCGAGUGAUUUCUGGAUUGAGUGCCCCGACCGCCUGGUUAGAGUCCACGUAACUCCCCGAAAGAACUUCUUCGACCCCAGAAGCUGGCAGACCACUCACACUCUUCAACGCACGUUGCUGCUGGAUGCCUUGGGUAGCUUGCGUGAGUCCUGGGGGAUUGCGUGCGUCACUCAGUGCACUCUGAAUGUCAUCACCGAAGAUUGGAGAUCUAGAGAGACGGCAAGUGGGUAUUCAACCUUGUGGAUUGGCCGCAGUGUGUUCAAUCGAGCUUCGGGUCAACGCCCGACUCCGACCUGGAACCCUUCCCCCUGCGAUGAGCACUCUGACGCGCAGCUGCUGGCGGAGUGCACCAAGCGAGGCCUGGCGGUCAGCCCCAAGUGGACGUGCCCCGAGUUGCGGACCAUCCUGGUGAACAGCCCGAUCCCUACAGACGAGGGCCUGCAACUCCCGAAGGGGCUCUCUUCCAUGUCGCUGGCGGAACUUCGGCUGGAAGCGGCGCGGGUGGAAGUCGAGUUCUCGGAGAAGGACACGAAGGGCGCGCUCAUGCUGAAGAUCAGGGACGCGGUGGCGCCCAACGAGACGGUGAUGACCCUGGGUCGCUUCAAAGGGUCAUCGUACGCGGACAUCCCGGAGAACUACGGGGCGUGGGCAUCGGAGGAGGAGAAGGUCAACGGGACGAACAUGCACCCCGACCUCAAGCGGUUCGUGGUGUGGCGGCGCCGACACAGGACCAAGGAACAGAAGCCCAAGGAGGAGCCGAACCCCUACUACCUCGACCCCGAGAAGAACGCGAUGGUCCCUCCUCCGCCGAUGAGCGAAACGGGCUGCUCGGCCGCGUCCUGGGCGCUGUUGGGCGAGGGGUACGUGCAGCAUCAGAUAUCCUCUACCACAACGACAACAGCACCCCUUGUGAGGCCCGAGGUGACGCGUCUGGCCGCAACGACCCCCGAGACGUCGUCAUCAGGCCGCAGGACCAGGCAGAGGGAAGAGAGCGAGAAGGAGCGCAUGACCCAGGACGUGACCCCCGAGGUGAUGUCAGAAAUUCAAGCGCUGGAGGCUCGAUUGGCGACGCUGAAGGAGGCAACCGUCCCCGCUGAUGAACUGGACGCCUUCAUGACGAUUCAGCUCGAGGCAAAGGACGGGGAUCAUGCUGGAGAGCGUUUGGCGGCCCAGGGACUUCGUGAUGAAGAUUUUCGCACCGAGACCCUCCUGGCCAUCCUCGAGAAGUAUAACUUCAGUGAUCUUCAUGGUGGUCAACGGCCGCGCGUGCUCACCCAUGGAAGAGAACCAGUCGAUCGCGGAGCCCACGGCGCCUUCAAAGGGAUAACCCGGAAGACGCUAAAAUGGCCGCUUCUCCUGAGGUAUGUGAACGCGUUCCUCGGCGACGAUUGGGAACAUGGAGACGGCCGCCGCGCAGACCGAGACCGCCGAAGUUGGACCUCGCUGAGUAUCUCACACAAUGUACCCUCCGAGAUGCACACCGACAAAAACAACCUGAAGGGGAGCCGAAACUACACCCUGUGCGUCGGUGAGUACGAAGGCGGAGGGUUGUGGCUGGAACAACCAGGAGGCGGAGUGUGGCGGCGCGGACCCCAUGCCGAUGAGGUCGAGGGCAUCGUCAUUGACAACAAGGACCAGCUGUGCGAGUUUGACCCUCGCCUUCGACACGCAUCCCAGCCGUGGACCGGGAAUCGUUGGUCGAUCACGGCCUAUACCAAAGGCCGAGAGGAGGCCCCGCUUCGAAGCCAAAGGAAGAAGGUUCGGAGGAAGGCGGCCGCCCUCAGCGUGCUGCUGGCUACCGCGAUCUCCGUCUUCACAGGCGUCUGCUGCGAUACUCUGCCGGAGAGGAUGUCCCCCAGCAACGCCCUCCUGGAGGUUGGUGGAAUCUCUGCUACCUGUAGACUGGCGGAGUUUUGUCCCCAAACGGUCAACAUCGCCGAGCCCAUUACACUUGAUGAUCUUUUGGACAACGACCAUCCCGAGGACGCUUCCUUUGGCUUGGUCGAGGCGGCGGUAAUGCGCGAGGAGCCCGGCGAACUAUGGAUACAUGUACGAGAAGAAUGGACCGACACCAACAUCUACGAGGACAUGAUGGAGGCCAUCGAGACCCAACUCCGCAGCAGGAGGGCAGUGAUAUUCCAGCGUGCCCUCGAGGAAGACGAGGUGUGGGAACAAAUGACCUCCGGAUGGUGCGAGGCCGGCUACAAGGUCACCCACGAUGUUGGCGAAAAUCAAGAAGAGCUCAUCCGUGUGAUUCAACAUGAAGAAGAGCCGGGGGUGCACGAGGUGAUGAUCGGGGACACCGUGAUUUCCAUGGUGACGGGAAAGGAGACCAACAUCGACGACGAGCUGGAGAAUGUCAGUGGCACGAAUACCUCCGGGUCCGAAGGCGUGGACGACGACCCCGUUGCUGCCGAGUCCAAGGGUGACAGAGCCGGAAAAACGGUCUAUGCGGAAGGGGUGCUUCCUCCGGGUGACGAAGGACGCGACCAACCGUUGGAGCGAGGGGCUCGAGCCAUCAAGUUCCCUCCUUCUGUCCCUGGCCAUAUCGCUUCAAGUCUCCGCCGGCUACACCAAAACUUGGGCCACCCAUCCACUGCCGACUUUGUUCGGCGCCUGAGGUUGGCUGGUGCUAGCCGCGCUGUCCUGAAGGCGGCCCGCUCUCUCACUUGCGAGACGUGCCGCCGCACCAAAGCCACGGCGGCGGCAAAACCCGCCAAGAUCGGAAGCUGCCUGAGGUUCAACAAUGUGGUCGGGGCCGAUUUGAUCUAUGUGCACGACUCGGAGGGUGUCAAGCAUCAGUUGCUAUCCGUUGUGGACUUCUCCUCGGCUUACCACAUAGUGAUACCGGUUGCCCGAAAGGACACGCCGCACCUCGAAAAAGCUUUCUGCGAGCAUUGGCUUAAUGUGUUUGGGACACCUACGGUGGUGGCCGUCGACCUCGAGAAUGGAUUGGAGAAAGCCUUCGCCAAGAUCAGCGACUGGACCGGCACGAAGAUCAAAAAUGCAGCCGGCCAGGCACACUGGCAAGCUGGUUUCGUCGAACGCCACGGUGGUACCUGGAAGGCCAUCUUUGCUCGCAUCGUCGACGAGAUGUCCGUGCAGAAAGGAGACAUGCAUUUGGCAAUCGCCGCCGUUUCCUCGGCGAAGAACGGAUUGGCCCGGUCCGGGGGGUACAGUCCUGUCCAACACGUCUUCGGCUCGACACCAAACUUGCCCGAGGACUUACUGGACGGACCCCAUGCAAACCGCCCGGGCGAUGAACCCAUCAUCGACGACAAGCACGCUAGAGAGGUGGCAAUUCGAACGGCGGCAAGGGCGGCCUUCCACGUUGUCCAAACAGAUGAUCGGGUGCGGAGGGCCUUGGCGGGCCGCGCACGCGUUCAAGAUCGGGCCCCGGAGCCGGGCGAACAGGUGUUCUUCUACAGGAAGGCGAAGAACGCAAAACGGGGGAGCUGGCUCGGCCCGGGCACAGUGAUUGGACCGGAGGGCAACAACCUGUGGGUGACUCGUGGUGGGCGAUGCUUCCUAUGCGCUCCCGAACAUCUCCGUCUGUCGACUCCAGAGGAGCUCGGCCAGGCUUUUUCCUUCAAGGCUGCCAAAGAGGACCUCGACCGCCUCCUGAACACCGAGCUGGAGACGGACGAAGAGUUCCCGGCCCAGACCGACCUUGAUAUCGGAGAGGCUCCGGAGGGCGGCAUUUCAGACGUGGGCAGUCACGUCGUGCCUACAGAUGAGGAGAUGAUGGACCCCGAUGACGAUGAUGAAAGAACGGAUGGGCAUCCACCUCGUGGUCGACGACGUGUUCAUGAAGGGCCCCCUCCGUACCAGGUGAUGAAACGCCAUCGCCGAAAAGGUCCCCCUGAUCCUCCUCGCGAAGCCAUGAUGCUCAAGCAGGCCAAGACAAGACGCUCCCGGGAAAAGCAGAUGGAGAAAGAGUUGCCGUGGAACUCGAUCCCGGAGUCCAAACGAGAAGAGUUUCGUGCCGCUGAAGCCAAACAGUGGAAGGAACACCUGGACCACAACGCGAUCGAAGUGCUAUCCCUCAGCGACAGCGAGCUCAUCCGCCGCUCAGUGCCCGGUGAGCGUAUCCUCAAUUCGAGGUACGCUUACCGUGAUAAAAACCUCGGUAAGCGGCGGGCAAAUCCAGAUUUGCCAUGGAAGCCGAAGGCGAGGUUAGUUGUAGCCGGGCACCAAGACCCAGAUGUCCUCACCUCCGACGCCCCCGUCGACUCCCCGACGGUGGCACGUUCCUCACUGAUGGCCCUCCUGCAGAUAUGUGCUUCCCGACGCUGGACGGCAGCUGCUGGCGACGUUCAAGCAGCCUUCCUCAACGGUUUGGAGCUGCAGAGGGACUUGUGGAUGAAACAACCCCGGGGCGGAGUCGAUGGCCUACAUCCUGACCAACUGGUGAAGAUUCGGAAGGGGAUCUUUGGGCUAUCAGAAAGCCCCCGCCGCUGGUAUGAGAGGCUCUGCAACGUGCUCCUCAACGAGGUCUUUGCCGUCGACGGGAAUGACUACGUCCUAAAGCCCUGUCCCUUGGACCCUUGCGUGUUCAUGCUUGUGCCCAAGGACUUCAAAGGGGAACCUGUCGCCUACUUGGCCAUCCACGUCGACGACAUCCUGGUGAUUGCGGACAAGAAGCUCAAUCGGCUCCUACAAGCUCGCCUCAGCGAACUUUUCCGGUGGAUGGUUGGGAAGAGGCUGUUUCGAGUUGAUGUUCGCAAAGACCAACGUGCCGAAGACCCCGCUGAGGAGGAACAGAUCAUCGACAACCGGUCUUUAGUGGGGGCCUUGAGCUGGUUGGCCACACAGAGCCGGCCCGACCUUCAGUGCAGCGUGGCGCUUGCUCAACAAUUGCAAAGGGCCCCAACCGUUGGCGACGUACGCUUCACCAACACCAUCGUCGACCGCGCCAACCUCCACAAGGAUGAGGGCAUCAACCUCCCGCCGGUGGAUCUGGAUCGCGCGGUGUUCGUCGUCUACCACGACGCCGCCUGGGCCAACGCAGAGCUCGAGGUGGCUGAGGCUGGGUUCCAGCUAACUCCCGAGGAAGUCCGCCUCGGGAACAUCGGGGGACCCUUCGGCCCUGACCGGCCUAGAAAACCCAAACGGGCCGGGUCAAAGCUCGCCUCCCAGAUCGGCCACAUGAUCAUGCUGUUCGAUGAGAAGCUGGCUAGUGGAUGCCUGGCAAUCGGUGGGAUGCUGGAGUGGAGGAGCCAAUCCUGCAAACGGGUCUGCAGGAGUACCUUUGGCGCAGAGACUAUGGCCGGGGUCGAAGGACUGGAAGGGGGCCAGUACACCCGGUCCCUGUUUGCGACCCUCCUGAAGGGGGACCUGGUGAAGGUGGAAGAAGCACGGAGCCGUUGGCCUCUACUCUGCCUGACCGACUGCAAAUCCCUCUUCGACCAUCUUCAGAAAACCGGAGUACCCCGAGUGCCAAGUGAUCGUCGUCUGGCGAUAGACCUCACCGCGCUCCGAAUGGAACUCCUGGUCGAACGCUGGCAUGCCAAGAUCCCCCUGCUCUGGAUCCCGACGGGCGACCAGAUCGCGGACCCGCUGACGAAACCCAUGAACUGCGAGGAAUGGUGGCAACGGAUGAAGAAGGGCAUUAGGUUGCCUUUCCGUAGCGGGUGGCUACAAGCGCAUGAGAUGUCUUUUGUCUGUGGAAAAGCGGACCGGUGCGUCGCGCUCUUAGCGUUGCGGUGCCUGCCAGUGUCAGGCGAGCUGCCUUGUGGGGAGUUUCGGCAGCUGCUCCUCUUCGAUGCGCUCGAGUCUGGGGCGCUGAAGGUGUGGCUGGAGAAGCUCAAUGCGGCAGCAGCGCUGCUGCGGCACAGCCCCGCAGGGGUCAACUUCGAGGGGGUUCGAGCCGCCUUCGCACCAUUUGCCUCCAGCUCUGCGUUGUUCUGA